AUGAGGCGACCAGCCGGCGAGAUGGUCGGUCCACAAAUCCUGCUAACGCCUUCAUUACCCACACGUCAACCCUCUUCUUGUCUCCUUCGGCUGCAACAGUUGUAUCAGAGUUUGCAACCCGGCAAUGCCACCUUCCGUAUAUCUAACGUGAAGCGUGUAACCAACGCGUCAGAUGUGGUGGAAUUCCUCGGAGCCAUUGAGAGGCUAGAUCGCUGGAGCAACAAAUAUGUUGUCCUGGAUUCAUCUACACGACUAGCGAAGGAAGCUCUUAUUUCACACGUACGUGACGUACACCUCGGAAGGAGGAAUUACCACUAUUUCCUCAGCGGAUUGGUGAUGGACGAUCGCUGGGAGAAGGAAGUGACCGAGUUCGGAGCUAUUAACAUAACAGGCUUCAGAGUGCUGGAUUUUUCCAGGAAAGUUGUUCGAGACUUUAUUGAUGUUUGGAAGAAGGAUUCCAUUUCGGCUCAAGCCGCUCUCAUGUAUGAUGCCGUGCAAGUAUUAAUAGACGCGAUACUGCGUUUGAUCCGCAAGAAACCUGACCUGUGGCGCGGCUCAAUCCGUCGUAAUACAACUAACAAUAGCCGCAUUAUAGACUGCAACCCAAAAGGCAAGAUCACACCAUACGAACACGGAGACAAGAUUUCAAGAAUGAUCAAAAAGACGGAGGUAGAUGGUUUGACUGGCUCCAUCAGGUUCAAUGAGGAAGGCCAUCGACGUAACUUCAGCCUUCAAAUUAUGGAGGUCACCGUAGAAGGUGACAUGGUAAAGAUCGCGAGUUGGAACGAAAAAAGAGGUUUGAUUCCGGUCUCCACAAAAAUGUCUCGUCUGGACGUUCCCGGUUUGUACGAUAGAAACAAAACGUACAUAAUAUCGACUAUAGAAGAGCCUCCAUACAUGAUACGUAACAGUCCCGACGGUACUAAAAACCAUUACCCAUACAGAGGAUUCUGUGUCGACCUCGCCAAAAUGAUAUCGGAGAAAUUAGAAAUAAAAUAUGAAUUUAAUAUGGUGAAAGAUGGAAAAUACGGCAAUGAAAAUCCGAAAAUUAUUGGCGGAUGGGAUGGAAUAGUCGGAGAACUUAUUAGAAAGGAAGUCGAUAUUGCUAUAGCACCGCUGACUAUAACAGUGGAGAGAGAAACUGUAGUAGAUUUCACCAAGCCAUUUUUGUCGUUCGACAUCAAACCGAGCAGCGGAACCACUAAAGAAGCGACCACAAUAUUCAGCUUUUUACUGCCACUUUCCAAAGAAAUAUGGACAAACAUUGUGAAUGAAUUCAGCUUUUGGAAUUCCAUGUGGUUCUCUUUGGGUUCAUUCAUGCAGCAGGGUAGCGACAUUACGCCGAGGUCCGUGUCUGGCAGAAUCGUGGGUAUUGUUUGGUGGUUUUUUGCAUUGAUAGUUAUAUCUUCAUAUACUGCAAAUCUCGCCUCAUAUUUAACUCUGUCACGUAUAUCGGAACCCACUCCAUCUUUUAGUAAAGUGGCAACAUGUCCUGAGGAUACAAAUGAUGGUCAUAUUACUACACCUAUACCACAAGAUUCCAUUGAUGAGCAUGGUUGGUUUGCCUUUUUGAUGGAUAAAUCUUCUCUAAAACAAAACGGCAAAAACAAACCAUGCGAGAUGUUGAUAACCGUAUCAAACUCUGGUGUCAAAGACUUUGCUAAUGUCCAUGGCACAGAGCUGACGUUGAGCCAAGUGGCAGGACUGUUCUACGUAUUGAUAGGAGGAUUAGCUCUUGGGUUGGCUGUUGCUCUAUUAGAGUUUUGCCAGCACGGUCGAGCUGAAGCUGCAAGAGCGAAUGUUCCCCUAAGGGCCGCAUUAAAAGCAAAAGCUCGCAUGGCCUCGCGAACCGAACGUAAAAGUCUACCCCAACGGUCAUCUUCGCAACGUGAUCACGAUCGCCUUGGAUGGAAUGGCGGUGCAUUUACAGGGUACUAUACUCCGGCCAAUCAGAUUGCCCAAGAGGAGACCGCUAUGCAUGCAAGCUUCACACAAGUCUGA